UUGUUAUAUUGUUCGAAAGCUUUCUCCACAACUGGUCAUCAACACUCGUUCUGUAGCCUAGGAAACAGGACAAACGAUGACAGGGGUCCUCCAAAGCGAACCUCAGCGAACCAACAGACUCGUUGUAACCAUGAUGGCGGAUCGAAGUGGAAUUUUGAGGCUUACUCUUGCAUUGUCUAUUUUCAUUUUGCCAAUUCUGGCUGCAAACAAUCUUGGUACAGUCAAGAUGAAAUACAAAAAAACAUACUUAAAUGCUGCCGGUAUCAGCAUAAUUGAGCAACCUUCAAAGAAACUGUUUCAAUACACAAUUCCUGAAGAAUUGGAAGGCGCGAGACGAUGGUGCUCGGCUCAUUGCUCCAAUUUGAACUUUGGUUCUACCACAUGCAACGUGGUAUGGAUGAAGGAGAUUGAUACUGAAGAAUUUCAAUGCACUUUAUCUUAUGUGAAUUUGUCCGAGGAUCUCGUGGGCAACGUUGUCAAAAGGAUCGAUCCUGAAGCGACACAAGUGCUCCUUUUGAAUGUGGUCGACGCUUUGCACAAUGAGUGACAUUGAAUUUUUUGUUGCCCAAACGGGAUUAAAGUCUUCUUCAUAUCCCA